CACCUUUCACAGCCGGCAGGUGCGUGGCUUGCAGCUUGUACGGCCGCAUCGCUCAUAUUUAGGCUUCGCAUAGUUCCCUUUCUUCAUCGGCAAGCUGCCAGUUCGCGCCGAGAGAGGCGCUGGCACAGCUGCACUCCUCAGGAGCAGCAGCUGUGGCGCCGCUGAAGACGACGGAUCGCAGCGCUGGCGCGCGCCGCCGUGGGCGCAGUCCGACCAACUGUGCUGCCUCAGGCGACGGCAGCACGGUCGGUCCGAUGACGCCGCGGCCGGCACCAUGGCGCGCCUUCGUGGGUCCGCUGCUCAUCGCGGCAUGCCUCCUGUCCCGCCUACUCGUCCCGAGCGAUACGCGCCGCGCGCUGCAAGAGUCGCCGCCCAGCGCUAAAACGUGUGCGGCCGUCGCUAACAGGCGCGGGCCGCGCCUUGUCGCGGUGGGUGACGUCCACGGUGACUUCGAGGCGCUUGCAGACGUCCUGAGCGCCGCGAAGAUCUCAAACGCCAGCUGCGGCUCUUGGACGGGAGGCAAUGCGAUCCUCGUGCAGAUGGGCGACGUAGCAGAUCGCGGCCGAGACGUGCAGAAGGCGAACGCCUGCCUACGACGGCUGCAGCGCCUCGCGCCCGAGACUGGCGGCCAGGUAAUACGACUGGUGGGCAACCACGAGCUCAUGCGCGCUGAGGGUUCCCUUCGCGACGCGCACCCGGCCGAGUCGAGCGCCGCGGCGGUGGCCGGCGUCAUGCAGUGGAAAGUUGACGUGAAGAGCGGUGCCGUACGCGCCUCGUAUUCGGACGGGCCGUACUUUUUCACGCACGCCGGGGUUAGGCCCGCGCUGCUCGAACGUUUGCCGACGUCGUCGAUCGGAGAACUCGUGAGCUACCUCAACGACCGCCUCCGCGACGCCGUCGUCGAGUGCCAGGAGAACCCCGUCCGCGGUCGAUACCUCGAACGCGCGUGUCGCUUCAAGGACGACGUCUUUACGGCGGGCAUUGACCGGGGCGGUCGAGGCGUUGGCGGCACGUUUUGGACGGACUGGCGAAUCCUGGAAGGCUCCCCGGCCGAAGCGCUGCCCGACGCCGUCCAGAUCGUCGGCCACUCAGCCGCCCGGUGCCGGCCGCGGCGCGGAAGCCCCUGCGAGCCGAUCCGGUUUCGGUCCGACCUGCGGGCCGUCGUCAUCGACGCGGGGCUGUCGAAGGCCUACGCGUCGAACCGCGCGUACCUAGAGAUCGAUGGAUCGAUCUACGCGAAAUGGCUCGAGGCCGACUCGUCCGUGUGGCGGAGGCGCGACCUGGCCGGCCCGUGCGAUAUAGCCAGCGGAUCUAAUAAAUAG